UGGAAACCUAAAUGCUUUUCCAUGGUGCUUUAUUCCAGAGGAGCUUUUUUCAGGUGGUCACAGAUCACAAAAGGGACACAUUUCGCAUAAUUGCCACAAUGGGCCUUCCAAAUGAGAGGGGGGAAAAAAGCAGCAGCCCUGGUGGGGCUUGUAUCUGAAGAGAGUGAGUAGGACAUCAUCUCUCUUGGCUACGAUACACCACCUACACUUAGCAAUCCCACUGCAAAGCAGGCAGAUUUGGGCAUGGUAGAGUAGGACAGACACAGUCAUCUUAUUUUGAGUUAUUAUAGUGCCUGGCACAGUGGGUUUGGACAACGUCUUAUGACAUUUUGGUAAUGAUAAUAAUUUCCAUUUCUACUGUACAAUGAAAUGCACGUUCUGUGCUGCUGUUCAUAAAUGCUGCAACAAAAACUGUGACCCCAGAAAAGCAGGGUUUGUUCCACUGUGGGCUUUGAUGAGUGAUGUGUUUUCCAGAUAUAUUUUUAACAUGGUAGUUGAGCUGCUUGCCAUCCUUGGAAUUUCAGGCUGCUGAUCUAAGGCAAAUGACUCCUUUAACACAGACCAUAGGAGCAGGAUUGUAUCUGUGGGGACAACACUCCAGUUUGUACGUGGGAAAGAAAAAUUUUAUCUUUGGCAGAAGAUAGUAAGGGGAAUAAGAAUAUGGAACACUUACGUUAAUUAAAUAUUUCAGGAAUUUUUAGCUUUGUAUGAUUAUAGAUGUAUUGGUAGGUUUAAUUUAGCCAACAGCAAGAUUUAGCAGCUUGUAUGUAUUUCUAUAAUAAUAGAAAUGCAUAUAGAAAUAGUCUCCAGCAUUACGUUUUUGAAGUCCAAAUGUAAUUGGAUAUCUCCAAUACAGCAGUCAGAGAUGUCUAAAUAUGGUGAAAUUCUGCUGCUAUGAUUAUUUACUACUAUUUUUAAUGUAGUAGCCCCAAUGGUCUCUGGAAAAAUCAUGGUCUUGAGCUAAACACUACUUGUAACUCCCAGUCCAGGACAGCUUUUCUUCUUGUGUAGUAUGGACAGCAUGCUCUGUGCUCUUCGUGCGACAACAAAAACACAGAGAACCUACACAGCUAUGGUGAAGUGCCAGCAGGAGUGUUCCCUAAAUGCAGAGAAAACCUCCCAGCUCUCAUCUUCAGCACUUUUAUCUCUGUGUAUCAGCAACAUGCUGAGGGUGCCCUUAUAAACUGAAGACAUGAAAGCCCACAGGAAGAAGGGAGGUUGUUUACGUCCAACACUUUUGAUGUUAUUAGUGAUGAUGCUUUCAUGGGCCUUCCUCAUCUAGAAUAUUUGUUCAUAGAGAACAACAACAUUAAAUCAAUUUCAAGAAAUACUUUCAGAGGACUGAAAUCUUUAAUUCACCUGAGUCUUGCAAAUAAUAAUCUCCAGUCACUUCCAAAAGACAUAUUUAAAGGCUUGGAUUCUUUAACAAAUGUAGAUCUUAGAGGCAAUGCAUUUAAUUGUGACUGCAAACUCAAGUGGUUAGUGGAGUGGCUGGGCAGCACCAAUGCAACUGUUGAAGACAUUUACUGUGAAAGCCCACCAGAAUAUAAGAAGCGCAAGAUCAAUAGCCUCUCUCCAAAAGAGUUUGAUUGCAUUAUUACAGAAUUUGAAGUUUAUCAGUCCCUGCCAUACCAAUCUCUGUCAGUAGAUACUUUCUCAUAUAUGAAUGAUGAACAUGUGGUUAUUGCUCAGCCUUUUACUGGAAAAUGUAUCUUUCUUGAAUGGGACCAUGUGGAAGUGAUGUUCAGGAAUUACGACAACAUUACAGGUACUUCAACUGUUGUGUGUAAACCUAUAGUUAUUGAGAGUCAGCUGUAUGUCAUUGUCGCACAGCUGUUUGGAGGCUCCCACAUAUAUAAAAGAGAUAUUUUUGCUAAUAAGUUUAUAAAAAUUCAAGAUAUUGAAAUCCUUAAAAUCCGAAAACCCAAUGACAUUGAAACUUUCAGGAUUGCUGAAGACUGGUAUUUUGUUGUUGCAGACAGUUCAAAGGCUGGUUUCACCACGGUUUACAAAUGGAAUGGGAAUGGAUUUUAUUCCCAUCAGUCUCUGCAUGCCUGGUACAGAGAUACUGAUGUGGAGUAUCUUGAAAUAUCUGGCAAACCACAUUUAAUUCUGUCAAGUAGUUCACAAAGACCUGUAAUAUAUCAAUGGAACAAAGGAACAAAUGAAUUUGUUAAGCGGUUUGAUAUUCAAGAUAUGGAAGAUGCAUAUGCAGUGAAGCAUUUCAAGGUGAAAGAGGACGUGUACAUUUGCUUAACAAGAUUUAUUGGGGACUCUAAAGUAAUGAAAUGGGGUGGUUCAGCAUUUCUGGAUUUACAAAGGAUGCCAUCCCGAGGGUCAAUGGUAUUCCAACCGCUUCAGAUAAAUAAUUAUCAAUAUGCCAUUCUUGGAAGUGAUUAUUCUUUCACUCAAGUCUAUUAUUGGGAUGCGGAAAAGGCAAAAUUUGUGAAGUUUCAAGAAUUAAACGUGCAGGCACCAAGAUCUUUCAUACAUGUCUCCAUCGAUAAACGAGAUUUUCUCUUUGCUUCAAGUUUUAAGGGAACUACAUUGAUUUAUAAACAUGUCAUAGUUGACUUAAGCGCAUGACACUCAUAAUUCUGAGAUUACAUCAGACUUUCUACCGUAAGUGGACAAAAUGAACUAAAUGCAUGAUGACUCUCUUAUCUUACUUCCAAAUGAAUGCCUUUAAAAGUUGAGAUUGCUAGAACAAAGUAUUACUAGUAUCUUCAUCUUUAAUUGUCAAGUCUAGUGGUGUUGGAAGUUGCAUUUUUUAACAAAAAGAAAUUAAAUUAACUGUUCUUUGCAUCCACAAUAUGUAAAUACAUGUGCAACUGCAUCUGUUGCUAUAAAGAAUAUUAAGAUGUACUUUUCCAUUUAUUUAUUCACCUGUUUGAAACAACUGCCAAAUAAAAUGUUUACAUUUUGUGUCUUUCACAUUCCAAAUAUUAUUUGCAGGUGAUACUUUUUAUUUGUGUAUAUAUUAUGCACACAUAAAAUAAAGCCAAGAAGGCAUAUUGCCCAGUG